UAACACAACAUCUCAAGGGAUCUUUUAUGCGGAAGCUGAGAUUCUCUCCCCAUCAUGACUCCAGGAACUGGUGCUUACAGAGAAACUGCCCUAUCCAGAGAAUCAGGAUGAAACUGCAAAAGUGGGCAACAGUGCUGAUCUCUACUAGAUGGGAGUUAAUUCAGAGAAACUGGCCUUUGUGGGUUUAUUCUGACGGACUUGAGAUCAGACACUACUUUUAUAUCUGCUGCUGUGUUGGCUCCACUAUCCACAGCUGGACUACCACGUCACCUCUCCAGAUCAAAAGUUCAAAUGGCUGUGGUCCAAAUUGCAGCUCAAUAAUUACAACAACAACACGAAAACUAAGUUCUAAAGAAUUAACAGAAGGCAGUGUAACUCAUGGGGAUGGAAUGUCAUUCUCAAGUUUAUCUACGAGUGAACCUACUUCAGUUUCCAGUACCCAUUUUGCAAGUAUUGCAGACUUCCUGGAGUCAAACAGUGGCACUGAUUCUAUGAAGCAGAAUGUGAGCCUCUCUGGAAAACACAAUUCAACAGACAAUGAGACAAGUACUGCCAGUCCAGAUUCAACUCUACUCAAUAAUGGGACCGGAAGCAGUGAUCCAAAGCCCAGUCCAGUUUUUGACAUCCAGGCCAUCGCUAUCAGCACAGAUAAAGUGAAUUUAACCUGGAAGAACAAUGAUACAUCUGCUGAUAACUAUACCUAUGUGAUCCUCAAAGCCGGAACUGAAUUUCCAAAUAUCACGGUACUCCAAAAGAUGCAAGCUGUCAUUAUGGGCUUAGAACCUGGUACUCUUUAUAACUUCACAAUAUAUCCAGUAGCGCCUGGUAGCACAACUGAAGGAGACCGAAACUCCACAACCGUGUACACCAAGCCCAGUCCAGUUUUUGACAUCCAGGCCAUAGAUAUCAGCACAGAUUAUGUGAAUUUAACAUGGAAGAACAAUGAUUUAGCUGCUGAUAAUUAUUCCUAUAUGAUCCUCGGAGACAGUGCUUCAUUUCCAAAUAUCACAAUAUUCGAAAAGAGGCAAGCUGUCAUUACAGGCUUAAAACCUGGUACUCUUUAUAACAUCACAAUAUAUCCACUAGCGCCUGAUAAUGCAACUAAAGGAGAUGGAAAUUCCACAACCGUGUAUACUAAGCCCAGUCCAGUUUUUGACAUCCAGGCCAUAGAUAUCAGCACAGAUUAUGUGAAUUUAACAUGGAAGAACAACGAUUCAGAUGCUGAUAAUUAUACCUAUAUGAUCCUUGGAAACAGUGCUUCAUUUCCAAAUAGCACAAUAUUCCAAAAGAGGCAAGCUGUCAUUACAGGCUUAGAACCUGGUACUCUUUAUAACAUCACAAUAUAUCCACUAGCGCCUGAUAAUGCAACUAAAGGAGAUGGAAAUUCCACAAUCGUGUAUACUAAGCCCAGUCCAGUUUUUGCUGUCCAGGCCAUACAUAUCAGCACAGAUCAAGUGAAUUUAACUUGGAAGAACAAUGAUGCAGCUGCUGAUAAGUAUACCUAUGAGAUAAAGUUUUUCAAAGAUGGAAAUUUAACUCUCUGGCCUGAGAAACCCCAAAUCACGGGAGCUGUAAUUACAGGUUUAGAACCUGGUACACUCUAUAACUUCACAAUAUAUCCACUAGCACCAGAUAACACAACUAGAGGAGAUGGAAAUUCCACGAGCGUCUACACCAAGCCCAGUCCAGUUUUUGCUGUCCAGGCCAUACAUAUCAGCACAGAUCAAGUGAAUUUAACUUGGAAGAACAAUGAUGCAGCUGCUGAUAAGUAUACCUAUGAGAUACAGUUUUUCAAAGAUGGAAAUUUAACUUUCUGGCCUGAGAAACCCCAAAUCACGGGAGCUGUAAUUACAGGUUUAGAACCUGGUACACUCUAUAACUUCACAAUAUAUCCACUAGCACCAGAUAACACAACUAGAGGAGAUGGUAAUUCCACGAGCGUCUACACUGAGCCCAGUCCAGUUUUUGACAUCCAGGCCAUAGAUAUCAGCACAGAUUAUGUGAAUUUAACAUGGAAGAAUGACGAUUCAGCUGCUGAUAAUUAUAUCUAUGUGAUAGAGAUUUUCAAACAUGGAACUUUAUUUCCAAGUAACAAAACAUUGCCAAAGAGAGAAGCUGUCAUUACAGGCUUAGAACCCGGUACAUCUUACCACUUCAAAGUAUUCCCGCUAGCACUGGAUAACAGGACAUGGGGUUACCCAAAUUCUACAAGUGUCUGUACAAAUGCUGCACCACCGCAUGAAUUUAAGUGUGAACAAGUGCCUAGAAAGCCUGAAUUAAAACUAAAUUGGCUAUGUCCUCUUGGCAAUAAUUCUGGCUUCCGCAUAAAGAUAUCUAAUGGCAUAAGGACUAAUGAAAGUUCGGUUUCAUCUUGUAAAUCAGGAAAUGUAGAAAAAAGUAUAGACAACUUAACUUAUUACACCACAUUCUAUAUUAACAUUACAACCCAUUCAUGUGGGAAAGACAGCCUUCCAGAGCAAAGAACAUGUGCUACAAGUAUUACUGACCCUCCUGCUCCAAGUGCACCCCCUGCAAUUACAGGAAUUGAUCACAACUCGUUUAAAGUUCAGUUUAGUCCGUUUAAGUCUGAACAUGGACCCUUAAAGGCCUAUGCAGUCCUAAUCACAACUGCUAAUGAUAACCAGCCUUCAAAAUAUAACCUGAACUUGACAUACCAUGACUUCAAGACAAAGAAAACACAUACUUAUGUAACAUAUGUUAUGAACAUUGAACAUACAAGGGCUUCUCUCUCAACCUCCAGAAGUCAGCCUUACACAGUUGUAGUAGGAAAUGCAAACACCACACAUGCUUAUUACAAUGGACCACUGGAGCCCCUUGGUUUAUACAGGACUUCUGUUGCAGGUUUCACUGACAUUACGUAUGCCAAUAAUAAAACUGGACCUAUUGUUGAAGAGAGGAGCUACGUAUCAUUCACACCUUAUUCUGAACCCUUUCGAGUACCCCAGGAUCCAGGCGUCAUUGUUGGAGCUGUUCUUGGUUCUAUUUUGUGUGUCUCGGCUGUACUUCUUGUAGUGGUCUUUGUUUUCUGGAGAAGGAGAAGGAAAGAUGGAAAAAAUAAUGAUGUGUCCUUUUCUCAGAUUAAACCUAAGAAGUCAAAGCCAAUUAAAGUUGAAAACUUUGAGUCUUACUUUAAGACACAGCAAGCUGAUUCAAACUGUGGAUUUGCUGAAGAGUAUGAAGAACUGAGGCCUGCCGGUGUCCAUCAGCCUAAAUUUGCUGCUGAACUUGCUGAGAAUAGAGGAAAGAAUAGAUAUAAUAAUGUAUUGCCAUAUGACAUUUCUCGUGUUAAACUUUCAGCCCAAAGCCAUCCAACUGAUGAUUAUAUUAAUGCGAACUACAUGCCCGGAUACAAUUUAAGGAAAGAAUUUAUUGCUGCACAAGGUCCCUUACCGAACACUCUGGAAGACUUCUGGCGGAUGAUUUGGGAAAAGAAUAUUUAUGCUAUUGUUAUGUUGACAAAAUGCAUUGAGCAAGGCAGGACAAAGUGUGAGCAGUAUUGGGCAGACAAACAACCCAUGAGUUAUGGUGAUAUUACUGUAACAAUGACUUCAGAGAUUGUCCUUGCAGAAUGGACAAUAAGGGACUUCACAAUAGAAGAUAAUAACGAGACAGACAGUCACUGUGUACGCCAGUUCCAUUUCACUGCCUGGCCUGAUCACGGUGUUCCAGAGACUACGGAACUUCUCAUCAGCUUUAGACAUCUUGUUGAGGAAUACGCAAGGCAAAAUCCCCCAGAAUCUCCUACUCUGGUACACUGCAGUGCUGGUGUUGGAAGGACAGGUACUUUUAUUGCAAUUGACCGACUGAUCCAACAAAUAGAAAUGGAGAACACUGCCGACGUGUAUGGUGUAGUGUAUGACCUUCGAAUGCAUCGGCCGCUAAUGGUACAAACAGAGGAGCAGUAUGUCUUCCUAAACCAAUGUGUUUUGGACAUUAUUAAAUCCCAGAGGGACAAAAAAGUGGAUCUUAUCUACCAAAACACAACAGCAAUGGCAAUCUAUGAAAAUCUUGCACCAGCGCCCAAUUUUGGGAAGGCAAAUGGCUACUGUGCCUAACCAAACAGGAAGAUGAGUUACCAGGAGGCCAUUCUUCCCUUCACAGAGAAAAGGGAAAUGCACUGUUGUACAUGGUUUUGUACAGUUUUGUGUGUGACUAAUUUGAAGAUGCCAUGUAAAAAUGCUAGUGGGAGUUGCAGAAACUGUUAUUACAAUUAACAGAGGAAUUUUGUUUUCACGUGGGAACUUCAGUCUACUUGUAAGUGAUGUAGUAUUGCAGGAUGAAUGAUGAACUAGAUAUAAAAUAUUAAAGGUAA